UAGUAGUAGUAAUAGUUUGGGAUCAAAUCAAGUGAUAGUUUUGAUGGUAGAGAGAGAGAGAGAGAGAGAGAGAGAGAGAGAGAGAGAGAUCAACAAACAAAACUAAAUUCAAUUGAUUGUAAAAAUGAUUGUCAACCACAACAACGACAACCACAAAGACAUCCAAAAAGACAACAACAAAAUGUCAAACAAAUUGUUUAUAUUGAUUACCGUCGUCGUCAUCGGGCUAUUGACCACAACUAGCUAUCUGUGGCUAAAUAUUUUCGGUCUAAAUAUUUCUACGGUAAUAACUACCGACUAUAAUAACAAUGGCCACAACCGUUUGGCGGCGGCUAACCAAACAACACUAGUCGACGCCAUCGCCAACACCACCACUGCUACCGGUGUUUCGCAAAACAUUUCUACCACUACUAGUCGUACAGAUAUUGCGGACACUGGUCUGAGAGCACCGGUAGAUGGUCUGCAUCAAUGGAUCAAACACUUCAUCAACAAUAUCCCUAUCGGUAGAUACAAACCGAGGCCAACGGGCACCGACAGCAGCAGCACUACCCGUGCGGGUAAUAACCAGCCAAAGCUGCCAUCACUACCACUGCCGACAACAGUUGUCAACAACAACACUAUAUCGCAGCCGAUAAUCAGUCAAAACGGCCGCUUAUUACGUAACAAUAGCCCGCAAAAUACUGGUAGCGAACCGCUGGCCAACUCCGUCGGCAGCAGCGGCGGCGGCGGCGGUGGUGUCGGCGAUAAUCGCCAACAACAACAAGAAACUGUGGGUUCCAAUGAUGAUAGCCUACAGCCGAUUGGAAUCACCAGAGAGAAGGAGGAAUGGGAUCAAUGGUUGCAACCAUCGAAAGGCGAACCAAAACCCACAAUCAAUGACCCUAUCGUUGAUAAUCAAUUGACAACACCAUUGCCUGUAUUUCCAUCAAGCAGAGGUGAGCCAAAGUCAAAACAUUUAUAAGUGAUAAAUGGCGGGGAG